UAACUCUUUCACUUCCUCUUUCUUUCUCCGUUUGGCUAAUUCUCAUGCUCUGAAGGAUGCUGCUUCAUUUGCCCUGUCCAUUUUAUGAUGAGGUAUUUUUUUGUUACAAAAAGUAUUCUUGGAAUAGUUUUAAUCAAAGCUGGUUUUGAAGCAGCAAGUGGGGGUAAAAUGUAAAGAGGAAGAUAAAGAGUUCGUCUUCAAGGCUCAUCUUAUGGUAAACCGCUGAUUCACGACAUCGUUUCAUCGCUGAAAAAAUGGUUUUCCUGCUGGUGUCGGGCAGAAUGGCUCCUCCUCUUCCUCUGAUCUUCAUGCUGCUCAUGAUUUCGGGGGUUUCUAGUGAUGAUUGGGGUGUGAGUUACAGUCCUUCACACAUCUGUGCACUAAACGACUCAACAGUUAUAAUGAGAUGCACUUAUACAUACCCUACUGGAUAUCAGAUCAAGAAAGUGUUCUGGACAAAAGGCCCAAUACUAAGGGGUGUUGAGCUUCCAGAUCUGUCUAAUGACCCUGAAUACAGUCAGAGGCUUCAGUAUCUGGGAGAUAAACAGCAGAACUGCACCGUCAGACUGAGUCAUGUGACACUGAAGGAUUCACACAUGUACUAUUUCAGAUUCAUCACUGAUAAACCUGAUGGAAAAUGGAAUGGUGUUCCAGGAGUGACUCUUACUGUCACAGAUCUUCAGGUGGAGUCUCCUGAGAGAGUGACAGAGGGAGAUUCAGUCAGUCUGACAUGUAAAAGCAGCUGCGCUCUGACUGACAGAGCAACAUUCAUCUGGUACAGAAACUCACAGAAGAUAUUAACUGAGAUUAAAUUCAGUAACAAACUCUCCCUCAAUCCAGUCAGAAGAGAGGAUUCAGGCAGAUAUAGCUGUGCUGUAGACGGACACACUCACGUCUCUCCUGCUGUUGAGCUCAAUGUCAUGUAUCCUCCGAGGAGCGCCUCAGUGUCCAUCAGUCCAUCUGGUGUAAUAGUGGAGGGAGAUUCAGUGACUCUGAACUGCAUCAGUGACUCAAACCCUCCUGCAGAAAUCCACUGGUUUAAAGGAAGAACGAUUGUAGGAUCUGGAAGAAUCUUCAACAUCUCAAAGAUCAGCUCUGAUGACAGUGGAGAAUACAAGUGCAAGUCCAUCAAUGAACAUGGAGAGAAAUACUCUGAUGCUGUGACUUUAAACGUCAUGUACCCACCCAGGAGCGUCUCAGUGUUGAUAAAUGGAUCUGGUGAAAUAGUGGAGGGAGAUUCAGUGACUCUGAAGUGCAUCAGUGACUCAAACCCUCCUGCUCUGAACUUCAGCUGGUUUAAGGAGAAUGAAACCUCAGCUGUUGGAUCUGGACAGAGUUUCAGUGCACUACAGAGUGGACGCUUCUACUGUCAGGCUCACAAUCAACAUGGAUCUCAGAGAUCAGACGCUGUAACUGUCACUGCACAUGGGUUUUUUUCAGGAAUGCCUUACAUAGUUAUUGGGAUCGCAGCCGGAUGUGCAGUUUUAUUUCUUGUCUGCAUCAUCAUGUUCAAGAGGAAGAGAAAAUGUGGUGGAGUGUCGAACGUCAAGCAGAAUCAGGUCAGAACAGAUCAGACGGCAGGAAGAACUGAAUCCACAGAUUCUGGGAAGAUCAAGUACGCAACUAUCCAACACAUCGGGAACAAUGAAGCCAAGUAUGAAAAUCUGAGAACGCUCCAUCAUGACCCUGCUGUGAGAUGCGGUGCUGUGAAGGAUAAUUUGGUGAUUUACAGCUCGAUCAAAUGAUCCAGGAUCCGUCAAAUGGACUGAAAAUGAAGCUGUAAACGGUCACUUUGUCAUCCAUUUACUGCAGCUUUUUUUCAAAUGUUAUAAUAG